AUGGCAUCUAGCUCAAUGUCAGCGUCUAGCUCAUGGAGUGUUAAGGACAACAAAGCCUUUGAAAGAGCUCUAGCUGUUUACGACAAAGACACGCCAGAUCGUUGGUACAAUGUAGCUCAUGCUGUCGGUAGCAAAACUCCAGAGGAAGUUAAGAAACACUAUGAGCGUCUUGUUGAAGAUGUUAAGCGUAUUGAGUCGGGGAAAGUUCCGUUUCCAAAUUACAAGAAAAAUUCAGUCUCUCAAGAAGAGAAAAGGAUGAGGAACCUGAGCCUUCAUUGA